GUCUCUCUCUCUCAUUAUCUCACUCCGAGUCUAGUGAGAGAAACGUAUGCAGAGUUGAAAAUGGCUCUGCUCACUCCCUCUUCGCUAUAAUGAAGAAACUUUUCUUCCUCAUCUUCUUUCAAGAAGAUGGCUCUCAGAGAACAACCUCACGAUGCACACAACCACUCUCCCUCGUUCAUCGAUACCCUCCUCUGUAAAGAGCAAGAUACCUUCGAGGAUGAUUUUGAUGCCAAUGGUUUUGAGUCUGAACCCAAUAAAGAUGGCGACCCCUCUGCCAGAAAGUUGCAAUCUUUGCCCUUGGUUUUACUCCACAAUGACUUGUUCUGGGAAGAUGAAGAGCUUGUUUCCUUAAUCUCCAAAGAGGGAGAGACCCAUUUGUGUUCUCGCAAUCUCAUUGUUGAUGGGCCCUUAAAUGGGCCUCGUGUUGAGGCUGUGAACUGGAUUUCUAAAGUUUGUGGGCACUAUGGGUUCUCUGCUUUGACCACUGUUCUUGCUGUUAACUACUUUGAUAGGUUCAUCCCCAGCUUGAAGUUUCAGAGAGACAAGCCGUGGAUGACUCAGCUCGCUGCAGUUGCUUGUUUAUCCCUUGCUGCCAAAACGGAAGAGACCCAUGUGCCACUUCUUUUAGACCUCCAAGUGGAGGAAUCAAAGUUUGUGUUUGAAGCUAAGACCAUUCAGAGAAUGGAGCUACUAGUGUUGUCAACUCUUAAGUGGAGGUUGCAUCCGGUGACCCCAAUUUCCUUCUUUGAACACAUUGUUAGAAGGCUUGGUCUAAAGAGUCGCUUGCACUGGGAGUUUCUAUGGCGUUGUGAGCGAGUUCUUCUCAAUGUCAUUGCAGAUUCAAGGGUUAUGAGUUAUCUUCCUUCUACAUUAGCUGCUGCUACAAUGAUCCAUGUUAUUAAAGAGAUUGAACCGUUUAAUGCUACCGAGUACAUUGAUCAACUUCUGGGUUUACUAAAGAUUAGCGAGGAACAAGUGAACCAGUGCUACGAACUCAUGCAGCAACUAUUUGGUUGUUGUGAAGGCAUUUACAGUCUUCACCCGAAGCGGAAGCGUCUAUCUGAACCUGGUAGCCCAGGAGGUGUCAUCGAUGCAUCUUUCAGUUGUGAUGACAGCUCAAAUGAUUCAUGGACAAUGGCAUCAUCGGUCUCACUUUCACUGGAGCCUCUAUUUAAGAGGAGGAGAGCUCAGGACCAGCAAAUGCGAUUGCCUUCUGUUAAUCGUGUGUCAAUUGAUGUUCUUAAUAGCCCUCGUUAAUAACGAUCUUAGUUUUCACUUCAAACGCGGUAGCUUUCUUUCACAUAAAUCUGGCAGUUAUGUUAUUCAAUUAUGUUCUUAGUUAUAUACAUUUCUAGCCAAAAUUUGACAAUUAAUGAGGCAGACUGAGAUACCCUCAUCCGCUGCGUCGUUUGAGGUGGAAAAGGGAUCUUAUAAUGAGUAGAAAGAUGAGUUAUAAACUGG